CAAUUUUACGUCGACUCGUGUUAGCACUAAACUAAAUCCACUUCUCGACGUAGAAAUGGUACAUUUCAAAGCCGGCUCAAUGUUGAACGUAAGUUUUUCAAUAAAUAUUCCAAGUUGGCCAUGUUGAAUCUUCGACGUGUGGAGAACAAACUCUAAAACAUUUUUUGAAACAUUUUUAAAGCACAAUGAUACAUCAUGUAUAUUCCUUUAAACCAGUUAAAUUGACAAUGUAUCCACCUUUACUCUAUGCACGUCUUCUAAAUGAGACAUUCUCUUUGCCUACGUCCUGUCCCUAAAUUUAUAUAUAAAUAUGUAUGUUAUGGACACUUAGAAUAUCAUCACCAAAAGUAAUUAACAUUUACAGGAGAGGCAAAGAAGAGCUCAUCAUUCAAAAUGAGGUCAAUCACAGCUUUGUUUUUCCUUUUCUGUUUCCUUGUCCCAUCUGCCUUGGCGCAGCUCCGCUUUGGGUUCUACGGCCGAUCAUGCCCCCGCGCGGAAUCUAUUGUUGCUAAUGUUGUUGCCAACCGUUUCCGCCGUGACCGUAGCAUCACUGCAGCAUUGCUUCGUAUGCAGUUUCAUGAUUGCUUUGUCAGGGGUUGUGAUGCUUCCCUCUUGAUCGACCCAAGACCCGGAAGGCCAUCAGAGAAAAGCACCGGACCAAAUGCAAGUGUCAGAGGCUACGAGAUCAUUGAUGAGGCCAAAAGACAGCUCGAGGCUGCGUGCCCCAGAACUGUCUCAUGCGCAGACAUUGUAACUCUAGCCACCAGAGACUCAGUCGCAUUAGCUGGUGGUCCAAGGUUCUCAGUACCAACAGGAAGACGUGAUGGAUUAAGGUCAAGUCCCAAUGAUGUGAACUUGCCCGGACCAACAAUCCCUGUGUCUGCAUCCAUCCAAGCAUUUGCAGCUAAAGGUAUGAAUGCGAACGACAUGGUUACACUUAUUGGUGGUGGCCACAGUGUUGGUUCUAUUCAUUGCAGUCUUUUCCAGGAUAGGCUUAAUGACCCUGCCAUGGACCGCACUUUAAAUGCUAGGUUGAGGAACACAUGCCGUUCUCCAAAUGACCCAUCGGUAUUCUUGGACCAAAGGACACCAUUCAUCGUGGAUAACGCAAUCUACGGAGAGAUCCGAAGGCAGAGAGGAGUCAUGAGGAUUGAUCAAAACAUGGGUCUUGACAGGUCAACCCGUGGAAUUGUGUCGAGCUUUGCACAAAGCAAUGCACUCUUUAGGAAGAGAUUUGCUGAAGCAAUGGUGAAAAUGGGUAGGAUUGGGGUUCUUACCGGACGUUCUGGAGAGAUCAGGAGAAACUGUAGAGUCUUCAACAACGGACGUUGAUUCUACACUGUCCUGACCAUUGCUUAUUUUCACUCUUUUUCGUUCUUUUCCCAUUUUUACUCUUUUGAAUAAUCAACCGAAACCGAAGUUUGUUUUUUAAUUUAUUUCUGCUAUCAUAUUUUAUUAUUUCCAUGAAUUGAUAUGUAACUGCAUUUUCUAAUGACUUUUCAUAAUUUCUUUAAUUUUUACUUUCAUGUCUAUUGUGUGCAUUUUAUGUUGUUUAACUAUUUGUUCGUUGUU